AUGCAACAAACCCUGACAACAAAUAGAAAUCUUUCAUCAACUUCCACUUCACAGUUGAAGUCACCAAUGACGCGUUCACACUCAUCGUCCAUAUCCACAUCAACAUCAACAUCAACAUCAACAUCGACAUCGACAUCUCAUCACCAUCAUCACCACUAUCACGAUGCCAACGGUAAAGUCAUCAACCCAGAGAUUUUAGAGAAAGCAACUACAUCGCGUUCAUCAUCUUCUACUUCUCUGCUGGAUCUUCAUCACCACCACCACCAUCAUCAUCACCACCAGUACCAAAAUGGAUCGGCCAAUUUUCCUUCGUCAUCCAGUUUACGUGACAUUUUGUCAUUGGUUUUCAUCAUGCUUUCAUUUCCACAAUAUGUAUCACUAACUAUCUUGGUAGUGUACUUGAUGUUGGGAUCUAACUUUAUGGGUGGACGUUUCUUGAUCAAUUUCAUUUUGCCUCAGAAUCACAAAUUGACUUUUGAGAAUGUGAAGCGCUCUUUUAUUACAUUUAUCAAGAUGGGAAUUCUUGAUUGUUUUGUCUUUUAUUCAUUAUGCAAAAUCAUCAGAAAGAAAAGCUACUUCAACUACCUUGUAAUUUUAUCCAAAGCUAUCGUUGCAAGUGAGUUUAUCGGCUCAUCUUCUAUCAACUAUAUAAACUCAAUUUCCUCCAAAAAAGUUACUACCAAAAUUCAAUACGAUGAUAAAAAUCGCAUUUUCAACAGCAAUUUGAUCAAUGCCAUCGUGUGUUUUAUUAUUAUUAACUAUGUCAAUUAUGUGUUGAACUGGAUCAACUUUUCAUUCCAAAUCUUUUCAAGUUUCAAAAAUAUCGCAUAUAUAAACAAUCUCAACUUCAAUCAGGUCGGUAUCCAAGUUUAUUUGUUUUUAAGUAUCCAUACCAUUAUCCAAUUGUUUUGCAGAAAGUCUCCUAUCACCCAAAGCUCAAUUCCAAACAUCACUGAUGAUAUCUCCAUCAAUGUUGAUGAUAACAAAUUGCUAAACAUAGAUAUUAACAACCCACCAAAGUUUAGGGGCAACUAUUACCAGAACUACUCCAUUGCCUUUAAGAACUUUGAAAAUUUCAUCAUAUCCCCAUUUAACAGCAAGUUAUCGGUGAUUAAAAACCGUAUGCGGGCUUCUUCAUUGUCAAAUUUGGCAAUGAAAACUACCACCACCAGUACCACCACCUCUUUGACUAGUUCCACCACUUCAACUUCAUUAAUCACCACAACAAUUUCACCAAAUGUCACCCUUAUUGAGAAUACCAUUAUUGUUCAACCAUUUUGGUCAAUCGUGGCUGCAGUCAAAGCGGUUUUGAAGAAUCCUACGUUGUUCAAUGGAGAGCUGACCAAGAGAAAGAACGAAGGUGGCGAGUUUUUGACCGAUUACGAUGUUCAACUGAAUGUUCCAAUGGCCACCAUGGUGAUUGAUUCAUCCAAAGUGAUUGUCAAGUUGUUAGAUACUAUUCCCGAAGAUAUUGAAAUUAGGUUGAAUAGAAUCAAUUGGUCAUAUUUCAAAGUCAUCGAUGAAGAAUACCUUGUUAUCUAUGGACUAACUCCGUUGUUUCAAUAUGAAGUUGAUGUUUUGUCAGACUCAAAGGUUUUGAAUCAUUUUGUGGUCAAUACUACCAAUGGCGAUGAUCAAGUGAUUAACAAAUCAAUCAAGGAAACGUCAUCAUUGACGACUUUGCAAACCUCAUUAGAGUCAAUUAUGAACAAAAUAGAUAGCUCAAAAGCCAAGAUUAAAAAGUAUAAAAAAGAUGAAAACAAGAAAGUCACUGAAAUGAAAAAUUCCAUCGAGAUUCUCAAGAAUAAGAUUUCAAGGAACAAACAAGGUAAUGACAACCGUGUUUUUGGUAAGAUUAAAGGGUUGAAACAUUUUGUCAUGCAAUUGGAAAAUGAGAUCCAAAGUUUGGAAAAACAAAUUGUUGAAAUGAACAAACAGGAGAAGGAAUUACAACAGCAAUCCAAGGACAAAGAUACCACCCAAGCAAAAGACAUUGCACAAUUAGAACACGUAUAUUCCGAAUAUGAAGCAAGAUUAAAAGAAGUCAAAUUGGAAUUGAAGAAUGCAAAUCAAGAACUAAACCUGGUAAUUGCUAAAAACCAAAAAUUGGUCAAUAAACAACUUGCCAAACAAGAAGAAAUCAAAAAUUUAACCACUGAUCUUAGAAACAUCAAGAAGAAUGAAAUCCUGGCCAAAUUUACCAAAAGAAUCAAACGUACCAAUGAGAAAUUUGAAACAAUUUUACCAAAGAUUAUGCAAGAGACUGAAAGUUUGACUCGUGAGUACAACGAAUUAUAG